AUGCGAGCAUGGAAGUCAUAUGGCCUUGAGAAUGUAAUGUCCUCUAAUGGGUUUGUUGUGUUUAGAUUUAAAGAGGAAGAGGAUGUUCAUCGAGUGCUGGAGGAAGGCCCUUGGAUGUUUGGGGGAAAGCAUAUGGUGCUACAACAAUGGCACGCCCACACUUCCUUCGACAUGAACAGAAUUUCAAAGGUUCCAGUAUGGGUUCGGUUGCAUGGAGUUCCCCUUCUUCUUUGGACUCAAAGAGGAUUGAGCACGGUCUCAAGUGUGGUUGGCCGACCACUCUCAUAUGACAAGCAAACAUAUGAAUGCACACGUCUCUCUUAUACGCAUGUGUGUGUCGAGCUUGAUGCAAAGAAGACUCCGUUACAAAAGUUUGAGAUACAGUGUUGUUUAUCUUCAGACCCUAUUGAAGUUAAAAUGGAGUAUGAGUGGAAACCAAAGAGAUGUGCUAAAUGUGGUUUAUUUAGCCAUAAUUGUCAACCAAAGGAGAAAGAGACCAAGCCCAAGGAGGGUGCACAAGCAGCUUCAUCUGGUCUCUCAAGCUCAACAGAAAAAGGGAAAGCUGUGGCGACAGACACGAGGGUGAUUGAUGAGGCCAAAACAGAUUCUCAGGCCACUGCAAGACAGGCUCAGACACUAGAAAUAAAGGCAAUUGGGAAGAAGAAGUUUUCAAAACGAGGUGAAGAGAGGAGAGACACUGAGGUAGGGCCAUUAGCUGUGGUUCUGGUGGCCGACCAAACUCAGGGAAACUUUUCAGAUUCAGACUCUGAUCCUGACAGCCCAAUAGCUAUAGAGGAGGAUCAAGAUGGCUUACUAGGCAUUGGUGAGUGCGUUUUGAACAGGUCAGCAUCUCUGUCAGAGUCACCUAAUCGUUUUGUUGUAUUGGAUAGAAGUAAGAGCUUGGCCACUACUUCAAAAACACUAGAUAGCAGUUCAAAAGCAGUUGUUCCACCUCUUGUUACAUCUCGUACAAGGGCAAGGAGUAAUCGGCGACAGCUAUGGGAUUCGAUUCGAAGCCAUUCUCAGACAUUGAACUCCUCUUUGUGGCUUGUUAUGGAGGAUUUUAAUGCCAUUCUUCGAUCUUCAUAUAGAGUUGGAGGUGAUACAGGAUGGUACUCACAUAUGGAUGAUUUUGUUCAAUGUAUUCAUGAUGUUGAGCUUGUUCAACUUCCUUACAAGGGUUUGAGAUAUACUUGGCAUAAUGGUGAACAGGGAGAGGGUACUAUUCUCAAAAAGCUUGACUGGUUUUUUUGUAGUUCUUCUUGGGUCUCGACUUGGCCAAAUUCAGAAUCAGAGUUUCUGACUAGGGAUGCUUCAGAUCAUAGUGCUAUGGAGAUUGUUCAGAGAGUGUGGGAGACACCUAUAGAGGGCAAUUCCAUGUUCCACCUUACCAAAAAAUUACACAAAUUGAAGGGUGAAUUGAAAUGUCUUCAUAUCAGAGAUUCUGGCCACAUAUCAUCUAGGGUGAGGGAAGUAAAGGGGAAAUGGGCUGAGGCGCAGGAAAAACUUGAUCGGCACCCGAUGUCUAUUGAACAUGUUGAUUUGGAGAGGGAUCUUGCGAGGCAGUACUAUUCACUUUGCAAGGACAAAGAGGCCUUUUAUAAGCAGAGAUCUAGGGUUCAGUGGCUAAGACUAGGGGACCAAAAUACAAAAUUCUUCCAUAAGUCAUUGAUCCACAGGCAAGUCAGGAACAGGGUUAGGAGUCUUUGGGAUGGUAAUGCAGUCAUUUCUGAUCAGCGGGAGCUUGGUAAUUUAGCAGUGCAGUACUACAAAGACCUACUUACCGCCCCAUCCCGAGCACCUUCUGGCGAUGUUUCCAGAUACUUUUCUAGACAUGUUUCUGAGCACAUGCAUGAUUGUUUGAUUGCGCCAGUAACAGACAUGGAGAUUAAGGAUGCUUUAUUCUCGAUUCUAGAUGAUAAAUCAGCUGGCCCGGAUAGCUUCACUUCCCUAUUUUUUAAACGGACCUGGGACAUCAUUGGUGCUGAUUUUAGAGCAGCAGUGCGAUGGUUUUUUUCUACUAGUAGGCUGCCUAGAUGUGUUAAUACCACACGGAUUGCUUUGGUACCUAAGGUAGAGAGCCCUAGACACAUGGGUGAUUUCAGACCGAUAUCUUGUUGUAAUGUGCUGUAUAAGUGUAUUUCUAAGUGGAUUGAGACAUGUAUGACUACGCCUCAUUUCUCGGUAGCUUUGAAUGGAGAUUUGCAUGGCUUCUUUUCUUCUUCCAGGGGAGUAAGACAGGGGGAUCCUUUAUCGCCAUACCUCUUUGUGUUAGCUAUGGAGGGGCUGGCUGGUAUUUUACAGAAGGCUUCUAGAGUUCCUGAUGCCUUCUCUGUAGGGGUUAUCAAGUCUUCUCUAGAUGAGUUUGCUAGGGUGUCUAGUUUAGUCACUAAUCCAGAGAAGAGUUAUCUUUUCUUGUCGGGUCCAUUGAUCGAGAGGAUCCUUGCUAGGAUCAGACUUUGGACUUCUUCAUCUCUUACAUAUGCUGGGUGUUUACAGUUGAUCAAAUCAGUCUUGUUUUCUAUACAAGUUUAUUGGUCUUCCAUGUUUAUCCUUCCUUCAGCUACUAUGAGGAAGAUUGAGGGUAUUUUACCGGGGUUUUUGUGGAGUGGUACUUCGCUCUCUCACUUAGGGGCAAAGGUGGCUUGGGCAUCUGUUUGCUACCCACUGAGGGAGGGGGGUUUGAGGAUUAAGAGGUGCAAGGACUGGAAUAAGGCAGCCGUGUUAAAGCACGUUUGGCGGCUCUUGAUUGACCACACUUCUAUUUGGUCUUCUUGGGUUCAUAGGGUCGUUCUCAGAGGUCGCUCAUUUUGGCAUGUCAGAGUUCCUUCAGGGGGUCGGUUAUGCGAUCUUUUCUCUUUCCGAGUCUUGUCAGCCACAAGUCUCGCUUGGGAUGCUAAGGUUUUUGAUAUCAUUCGUGAUGGCGUGUGGGCAUUCCCUCGGAGCUGUUCGGAGCUCCAACAGGUUUGGGAUUCUAUCCGUAUCUUCCCACGUGUUGGGAAUUCUGAUCAUCUUGUUUGGAGAGGUCACUCAUCUGGCAGGUUUUCUAUUGAUUCUGCUUGGGACUUGAUUCGGCCCCGUCGCGAUGUCAAUUCUAUCCAUCAUUUGCUUUGGUUUUCGGGCCACAUUCAGCGACACUCUUUUAUUUUAUGGCUUGCCACCCUUGGUCGCCUUCGUACCAUGGAUUGCCUCCAGCAUUAUGGGAUAGUACAUUCUGCGGUUUGUGUCUUGUGUGGGAAAUCAAAGCUAGGACUCUUCAGUCUUGACCGAGCUUUUCUUGGGCCUCCUUUGUUCGUUGGGCUUCCUUACACUUCAGGCGGAGGAAGGACUUCGAGCAUCUUAUUUCACGGUUAUCCUCGUCAGCUACGGUUUACUUUCUUUG